GUUUGCGAAAAAGAAUUCACCGUGAGAUCCGAACAACACCGAGGACGGUUACAAAUCCAUAGGUUUUCUGAACACGCACCCUAAUAGAAUCGCUUUCACCCUUGUGUAACUAAGUAUUUGAUGAAAUUUCGGCGCAGAAAGUGCCCAGAAUUCAAAGUUGUGGAUUGCUAUAGAUAAGCAUAGUGAUUAAUGUCAGGCAUUGCGAUUGCUAGGCUCGCCGAAGAGCGAAAAGCAUGGAGGAAAGAUCAUCCUUUUGGAUUUGUAGCACGACCUGUUAAAAAUCAGGAUGGCACACUUAACUUGAUGAAUUGGGAAUGUGCAAUACCAGGGAAAAAGUCUACACCAUGGGAGGGAGGAUUGUACAAAUUACGCAUGAUCUUCAAGGAUGACUAUCCUUCUAGUCCACCAAAAUGUAAAUUUGAACCUCCUUUAUUUCACCCAAAUGUCUAUCCUUCAGGAACAGUAUGUUUGUCUCUCUUGGAUGAAGAAAAAGAUUGGAGGCCUGCUAUUACAAUUAAACAAAUUCUCCUUGGUAUACAAGAUUUAUUAAAUGAACCAAAUGUCAAAGAUCCAGCUCAAGCAGAAGCAUAUACAAUAUACUGUCAAAAUCGCUUGGAGUAUGAAAAACGUGUCAGAGCUCAAGCGAGAGCAAUGGCUCCACAGGAAUAAAACACUAUAUUAAGUCUUAUUAAAUUCAAAUAUUCCAACUACAUAAAGAGGUUAUCAUAUAUCUAUAACAUAUUCUAAUAAUCUACAUUUCUUAUCUUUUUUAUAAGUAACACUAGCGUAUGAUGUAGUUAAUUUACAAUUAUCUGCAUUUUUUCUUGUGACAAAAUUCUUAUAUGUUCUCAUGUACUCUAUAGACAGUACUGAUUAAGACAUAGAUAAAUAAGAUACUAUCCUAUACAGGAAGGAUUUUAAAUAUUGUCAUGCUAAAUUUUUUGUUACCACUUAUUUAUAAAAUCAAUGGAAGAAGCAUUUUUUUUAACUAAAAAAUUUAAUUCACAAGAAUUAAUGACUAUUAUAUUCAUAAGUCUAAAAACUUUGUAUGAGAUACAUCAUAUAAAGGAAUGAAACAAACGCGACAUAAAUCAGAAAUAUUCAUUCAUUCUACAGGUCAUAAGCUGUCAGUAUCUUAAAAAAAAAAAAAAAAAAAGAAAAGAAUUUAAACUCUUGUAAGGAUUGUACAAAUCUUAAGAAAUAAAGUAUUCCAAUUGAUUCGAA